GAUGUCAGAAGGUCAGGCUUUUUUUCUCACACCAAGAACAAACCGCUCACAGAGAAGAGAACAUAUGCACAGGAAGCCUUUAAACACAUGGAGAAAGGCAGCAGAAAGAUAAAGGGCAACGCCUGCUACUGUCACGGCAAAGUUAGGGUCUGAUUCGCUCAGCAACGCAUGCUGCGAACAAACCUCUUGCUCAACUGGGUGGGUUGCGUGUGACUGCUGUGUAUCAGUCAUUUGGCAGCACAGAAUGUCACGACGGGAUCAAAGGUUUCGGAGAGGAAUGAAAGCACGGUGUUGUGAUUGUGAGUGCAUCCUGUCUCACUGGUACUAUGAAAGAGGAGGACAACUCUACUGUAAGAAGCAUUACUGGUCUCGCUUUGGAGAGCACUGCCACGGCUGCAAGGAGACUGUUUCAACAGGACUUGUUAUGGUUGCAGGAGAACAAAAGUACCAUCCUGAGUGUUUUACCUGCAUAAGCUGUGAAAUGGUCAUUGGAGAUGGAGACACUUACAUGUUAGUUGAGUGCUCUAGACUUUACUGCGGCCACUGCUUUUGUCAGGGUGUUGUGCCAGCUGUGAGAUCAACAUCUCUUACACAGAGACCCCACAUGGUGGCGUUGGUGUUUGUCCCUCCCACUGCAGCUGGACGACGAGGCCUGACAAUAUCUGCUGAUUUAAGCCAAGACAAAAAGCUUCUCAUUACUGUUACAGAUUUAGACCCAGGUGUCCUCAGUCCUGAUCUACUGUCCUCUGUCCAAGCUGGUGAUCGGGUUUUGGAGGUCAAUGGCAUCCCGGUCUGCAACAUUUCCCUGGAUGAGAUAAACCAUGUGAUCCAGGACACAAGCAGACCACUUCAACUCAUCAUUGAGCACAAUCCACAGUCUCCUCAUGACCCUUUUCAAUCAGACAGUCCCCCAACUAACAUAAGCUGUCCUGACUCUUGUGUCCACGAUAAACUUCUUUCAGUCCAUAAUCUGCCAAGUCUGGAAGAAGAGCCAAGUACACCAGAAGAACGACAAGAACAACCGAUGAGCCUCUCCCCGCCUCAACUCCAAGGAAGCACAGGGUUGCGAACUAGACAUAUUCUACGAAGUUACAGUAUAGACAAGUGUCCCCUAUCUCCAGGAUCAUUGUCUUUUCUUUCUCAAAAGAGAGACAUGGUUCGCUCAGAGUCUCUUCGAGUCGACCCUGGGGAACGGACACACCGUAUCUUCAGACCAUCAGACCUCAUUCAUGGAGAGGUGUUAGGCAAGGGCUGCUUCGGCCGAGCAGUGAAGGUCACCCAUCAAGAGACAGGGGAGGUGAUGGUGAUGAAAGAGUUAAUACGUUUUGAUGAAGAGACACAGAAGACAUUUUUAAAGGAAGUAAAGGUGAUGCGCUGCCUUGAACAUCCCAAUGUUCUCAAAUUUAUUGGAUUGUUUUACAAGGACAAACGAAUACAUUUUGUCUCUGAAUACAUCCAAGGAGGAACUCUUAAAGAAACUAUUGCAAAAAUGGAUGACAAUUUUCCCUGGAAUUUAAGAGUUGGAUAUGCCAAAGACAUAGCAGCUGGGAUGGCAUAUCUACACUCCACGAACGUAAUCCACAGAGAUCUAAACUCAUACAACUGCCUGGUCAGACAGAACCAGUCUGUAGUGGUAGCAGAUUUUGGACUUGCUAGGCUGGUAAUGGAUGAAAGGAAUCAGAGCAGAACGUCCUCUCUCGAGCGGAGUGUGAAGGGGCCGCUGUCAGAGCUGCGCAAAACUGACCGGAGAAAACGGUACACUGUGGUAGGGAACCCCUACUGGAUGGCCCCUGAGAUGAUCCACGGAAAAACCUAUGAUGAACGUGUGGACAUAUUUUCCUUCGGGAUUAUGACUUGUGAGAUUAUUGGCAGAGUGAGUGCUGAUCCUGAUUACCUUCCCCGGACCAAUGACUUUGGACUAAACGUAGAAAGUUUCCUGCAGCAGUUUCACCCUCCACGGUGCCCAUCUACCUUCCUGCCAUUAGCUGUCCUCUGCUGUGACAUGGAUGCUGAUAAACGACCCUCUUUUUCAAAGCUAGAGGAGUGGCUGGACAACCUGCUAAUGAACCUGGACAUCAGCCUGCCUUUGCUUUCUGAGUUGGAGCAACUCUGUCGCGCCUUCUGGAAAAAUCACCAAAACCAGGCUCCAAACCAGGAUGAAACUCCGGUUUCGUGUAAACAAACUGUUUCAGAGACACGUAGAGGAAAUCUGAGCCCUAAACUUUGUUCAGACGAAGCAAACAGCCACACAGAUGCACAUGGCCACAAUGUGAGGACUAAAUCACAACACACCGACCAGUCCUGCUGUGACUCUAUAAACUCAGACUCAGGGAACAGUGAGUGUGAGUCUUAUGAGGAUGGUAAUAUUAAAGAACAAGCAAAAUCCCAGCAUGAGCCCUCACUGUUAGGUCGCACAAACAGGGUUAGAAGAACUUGUAGAGUGCUGUGGGAACGAUCUACAGAGGACAGCUCGUUUCUCUGAAGCUUUGUCAAAAUAAGUUCAGAGUUGUGGAAUAAACACAUUUUUUGAGGACAUUGGUACCUCGUCAAAAAAUAGAAACGUAUUUCUGAAACCUACCUGAUGACUAUUACUUCAAAACUGGCAGAGGCACAAAAGGUGCAACUGCAGAUUUAUGCAAAAUUUCUUUGAGAAGAUAUGCAGCUUGAUAUUAAUUGCUUUGAAUAUUGCAUUUUUCCCAUAUUAGCCCAUAAACCAGUAUUUAAGUAGCUGUAGCUGAAGCCCAACGCAGGAGGAAUUUAUUCAAUAUCACGGAUACAAGCGGCUGAAAUGAGCUUCCUCCGUAGGGUGGCCGGGCACUCCCUUAGAGAUAGGGUGAGGAGCUCGGCCAUCCGGGAGGAGCUCGGAGUAGAGCCGCUGCUCCUCCACAUUGA